AUGCCAAUGGCACACGGCCCUGGAGAAGGAGAAGCAAGGUUGUGUACCACACAAAGGAAGCACGAGGGCUGGGAUGCUGCCAGUCUAGACAAGGGAAGUCGAGAGGCAAAGGUCGGGUUCGAACCACGGACCUUCCGGUCAGUAAAUUCGCGCUCUAACCACUUGAGCCAUCUCGCCCUAAAAUUUAUGGAUACACUGCAGUGGGCCAGCGGAUGGAGUGUUAUGACUUACAAACAUUUGUGCGCUCGUUCGCAGGUCACGUAUAAAAGAAAGAAAAAAAGAAAGCGUUCAGCUGUAGCACCCUUCCGGUGCCUAGCUGCCAUGCCACCCGAAGGGAGCACGGGGGCUAGGAUACUGCCAGGUUGCUCAAGCCUAGACAGGGGAAGUCGAGUGGCGGAGGUCGGAUUCGAACUACGAACCUUCCGAUGGCUCAAGUGGUUAGAGCGCAAAUUUACUGACCGGAAAGUCCGUGGUUCGAACCAGACCUCUGCCUCUCGACUUCCCCUGUCUAGACUUGGGCAACCUGGCAGUAUCCCAGUCCUCAUGCUUCCUUCGAGUAGCAUGGCAGCUAGGCGCCGAAUGAUUUAUUUUUUAUUUUUACUACAAUUUGCUCAGUUUUAG